AGUGUGUGUUGUUGUCGUCCAAUGAGCGUUGAGAAAGGAAAGAAUCAGCUGUCAAACUUCGUUAAGCUCGAUCGAUUCGGUGGGUGAACCCUUGUUGUCACGUCCAAUAUUAUGAAAUAAAAUGUAAUGCAAUUUAGAAGGUGCUUGUUAUUAAGCUAAAGUUAACAUGGAAAAUGUUAACAUGGACGAGUUGAUCCCGAAGUUGAUCUCCGGCACAUACGAGGAAUUCUGUAAAAAUAUUGUUGUGUUUCUAAAAGUUUAUGAUAAAAGGACCAGGUUUGAAGAACUGGAUAGUACCUGUUUACGCGAGAAAUUAUGGAACAGAUUAUUUUAUUAUUUAACAGAUUACGUUCAUAUAGACCAACAUCAUCAUUGCUUAGCAGCUUUGAGGAUACUCAGCCGCGAUAAAACUAACUUAGAUGACUUAAUCACUGACGAUGCAAUAAAGAUUAUAUUACAAAAUGCGGGCUUGACAAAGAUAUGCGAAGGAGAACAAAUCUCAUGUACAAUCGUUACGAUAGAAUCGCUGAAGCUACUGUGCAACUUAUUAUUUAACAGCGUAAAAGUGCAACGCUUGAAAGUAUUGAUAUCUUCUUUGCCUUAUCUCAUCGAUCGGAUCAAAAGUUAUACGGAUGAUGUUCCUCAUGAUGUAAAAUUGUUCGACAUGAGAGUACUGUUUUUACUCACCGCACUAAAUACAUCCACGAGAGAUAUAGUCAAAACUGAUUUGUGUGGUGAUGUAUAUCUUAUUAAAAUAAUAGAGGAAUUUGCAGCGCACAAUCAGAAUAACGAGACACGUGUAAUUAAGGCCGAGGAGAUAACGAUAGUCUGCGAAGUUUUAAAAGUUCUAUUUAAUUUGUAUAUACAUUCAGAUAAUAUCGGGGUUGAGGAUCAAGAGAAAUAUAAGAACUUGGUGUUAAUUUUAUAUAAAUUGUUAACUUUUAAAUAUCCGGUGCAGCAAGACGAUCUUGAAAGUCACGUUGUCAAUUUGCUGACCGUGAUACCGUAUAGCUGUUAUGCGCCAAUUGUACAAGCCGCUAAGGGCAACGAUUGCAAAGAUGUAUACCAAAACAUGGAUAUGAGCGCCAUAUGCGUUUUACUUAGGUUUUUAGAUAAGAAAUUAGAAUGUAAGACACAUUUAAUAGAAAACUUCUCUCCAAUAAUUACUGCACUGGUCAGACUCGUCAAAUCAGAGAGGAUUAUUCGCAAAUACGUAAGAUUACAGAUUCUACCUCCAUUAAAGGAUGUAAUGCAUCGUCCUGAAGAAGGGACAACAUUAAGGGCUAAAUUAUGCAAAUUAUUAACAUCGCCUAUCACGGAAUUGCGCGAUCUAGUUGCGGAACUUUUGUUUGUCCUUUGUAAAGAAAAUGUUGCUCGCAUGGUGAAAUACACAGGAUACGGAAAUGCUGCAGGAAUGUUUGCUGCUAAAGGAUUAUUAGGUGGUCGUGGCCAAGCGGAAACAGCUUAUUCUUCCGAAUCGGAAGAUAGCGAAACGGAAGAAUAUCAGAAGUAUAAGGAGCAGAUAAACCCAGUAAUCGGAUGUUUCGAGGAACCCAAACCAAAUCCGUUCGAAGGCAUGACGGAGGAGCAAAAGGAAUACGAAGCUUUAAAACUAGUGAAUCUUGUUGAUAAAUUAACGAGGGAGGGAGUCGUGCGUCCUUGCCGCAUCGGCGCCGAUGGAAAACCAGAGCCGGUAGAACACGUUCUUGAAUUGCAGAACGAAUUACCGAGACAGCAGUACGGUAGAAAGGACUCGGACUCCGAAUAAAUAUGUUAUAUAUCUCCAAAAUACAGGACGAUCUGUAUGUAUAGAUGUAUCUUUCCGAAUAAAGAUAUUUAAAAAAAUUUAUUCUCUGUCGUUAGGCCCGCACCAAAUUGUCACUUUUAUUAGGUAAAUAUCAGUAACAAUCGCUAAAUUACAUAAAAUAUAUGUGAAUAUAAAUACGAAUAUCGUAUUAAAAAAAAAAUCGAGUUAAAGACCCAAGUCGAGUUUUCGCACAAAUAAAAUCGCGAUCCGAGGUGAUUACCAGUGAAUAAGAAGAAUUUGAUCUUCAGUUGAUUACUUUAUUGAAAAAGAACAAAGAACAACAUUACAAAUUAAACAAUUGGCAGGAAAUAAAAAAUAUAUAACAGUUU